CACCACUUCCCGGACAACAUGUAGAGCUCAUCGAGCCGGAGAGACGGUGAAGUGGAUUUUAUUCUGCAUCUGAAUCCAGUAGAGUCUGUUUCUACUGAGCGGGACCAGCCGGAGCCGCUUGAUCCGGAAUCAGAACCAGACUCUUGGCUCCUGUGAGGAUCCAUGGAGGGUGUGUGAGAUCUCCUCGCUGCCUGACUCAGACGUGACGGAGGAGGUGCAGAGAAACCGCAUUAAAGAUGUCUCUCGGAGGAAGAGUGUCCUCCUCUGUCCUCCUGUCUCCCAGGAGGGACACCGCGGGGCUGCAGGUUAACCCGGCCGACGUCCCCGCCCUGGAGAUCAAACUGGGAGCGCUGGUGGUGCUGCUGUCCGUCACGCUGCUGUUUGGAUUCACCCCUCUCUGCUUGGUGCGGGGGGCGGGGCGCUGCAGCGUGGACCCAGAUUCGCGGCGCCGGCUGCUCAGUUUGAUCAGCUGCUUCGCCGGGGGAGUUUUCCUGGCCACCUGCCUGCUGGACCUGCUGCCGGACUACCUGCAGGGCAUCAACGAGGCCUUCAGCAAUGCAGGCAUCACACUGCAGUUCCCUCUGCCUGAGUUCAUUGUGGCCAUGGGUUUCUUCCUGGUCCUGGUCCUGGAGCAGGUGGUCCUGGCCUUCAAGGACCAGUCGUCCUUGUACACAGAGGAGCGGCGGACUCUGCUUGUGGACUCCAGCGUCCAGGCCAACGACAGGAACGGACUUCAUCACCACCGUCACGGAUCGCACGAGGCCGAUGGCGGCCACUUCCACAUGGACAGCUCUCAGUCGGCGCUGCGAGCCUUCGUCCUGGUCUUCUCUCUGUCUCUGCACUCAGUGUUUGAGGGCUUGGCGGUGGGGCUGCAGGAGGAGGGGAAGGCGGUGCUGGAGAUCUGCCUGGCGCUGAUGAUCCACAAGAGCAUCAUCUCCUUCAGCAUGGCCUUCAAGCUGUCUCAGUGCCGGCUGCGGCGCUCCGUGGUGGCCGGCUGCCUGCUGCUGUUCGCCGUCAUGUCCCCGCUGGGUAUCGGCCUGGGUAUCGGCCUCACUGAGACCAAGGCGCUGCCGCAGCACCAGCUGGCCCGCAGCACGCUGGAGGGGCUGGCGACAGGGACCUUCAUCUAUAUCACCUUCAUGGAGAUCCUGCCGCACGAGCUCAGCUCCCCCCGGCACCGCAUCCCCAAGGUGGCCAUGCUGCUGGUGGGCUUCGCCUUGGUCACCGGCGUGCUCUUCAUCAAACUGUAACCAUGGCUACGCACGGGUUUGGCAAGAAAAUCAGUCUGCCAACGUUCAUCUGUAUCAGAGGGUUCAAUGCAGCAAACAUCUGCUUCUUCAUCACACGUCCAAGCAGCUGUUUGAGUUCUGGGAAAAUGAUACAAAUAUUUUAUGAAUGAUAAUAAUAAUAAUAAUAAUCAUUGCGGUAGACUAUUAUGUUAAACUGCUUCAGUGUGGAACACAUUGUUAUCUACACGACCACGGCCGGAUUAGCCUCCUGGGGGGCCCCUCCUGACCCCCCCCCACUUGCCAGAAACCAACCAGUACUCUGCAGCUGAAAAGAUGAUUUGAUUAAUCGAUCAAUUGACUGACAGAAAAUUAACCAUUUUCAUACCUGAUAAAUUGUUUCAGUAAAUUAUAUUAAUAAUAUUUACUUGUUUUUAAUUUUUCUAUGACAGUAAACAGAAAAAACACUCCAUGAAUAUUUUCACUUCUGGUAAUAAUGACAGAUUUAUUUUCCUCCAUUUUACUCAUUGAUUAGUUAUUAAGAAAAAUAACUGUCAGUCGAUUAAUAGUGCAAAUAAUUAUCUGUAUAAUACGACCUUGCUUGAGUGUUAAAGGUCUCUUACUUUGUGCUCCUGUGUUUUAUUUGAAGUGUUGAUCCAUCAGAAGAUAUAAAAACCAUCUCAGUGUAGUUUUACAUCUCCUCUCU